AUGCCCAACCCACUCGCAACUGGUCAUUUGCAUCUAAAUUUUCCCUCCCACCCCCCACCGUCUACUCAUGGGUCAUUAGCUCUUUUCCGACCGUCCAGUUUUCCGCUUGGAGUCAUCGGGAUUGCUUCCUGCUCGGAAACCGAUUCUCUCUCUGGAAUCCUUGCCGAAUUCAAUGGACUGCUUGGCAGCUUGUUCCCCAAGGAGUCUUUAUAUCCACUCGCUAGAAAUUGCUUUGUCUUUGAAAGCGACGAUGGUAAUACGAACUUGAACCUAGGCGACAGCUUACCGGGCUUGGUAGUGAUUCCGAGUAUGAUGGGUAACAAGAAGAUAUACAUCGGCACGCUUCUUGCUGACCUUUGCUCUCAAAUAUUGGGCGAGUUUGCUACUGUGGUGAAUAGGCUCGAAAGCCCUUUAGGCAACGAAUACCUAAAUUCCUCGCUAUUCCCCCUUUUGCCUCCAAUGUCCGACCUUCCGGAGGCACUGGACAACAUUGACGAUUCAAAGCGCGCAUCUUUGCCCUCCUACAAUAGUAAUCCAGAGCUUAGUGCGGCGAACGGACCGCUCAAGCGUCCAGGUGGAUUGACGCUGAAACGUAACUCAACUAUGGGUCCCGGGUCUACCCCUGCUACACCUGGUUUUCGCAGCGCUUCCUUAGGCGUGCAGCAGCCUGCCAAGAAGAGACAUAGCGGCAUAGGCGCUGCAUCUUCCCAUGGGCGAUUAUUCAAGACCUUGGGUGACUUCUUCUUGCUUGCAGGCAGAAUCGAAGAUGCGUCUGUAUGGUACAAUGAAGCAAUCGUUCUCUUCAAGGCAUCUUCAGACCCCAUAUGGUAUGCAUCAGCAUUGGAGGGCCUUGCGACUAUCACUGUAUUGGAAGCGUGGUCCGCUGGACACGGAUUGCAUACAUCCUUCAGUAACGGCAAAGAACCUUGGACGGAUAUCUCAGAGAAGUUGGCACAAGCUGUCAGCCUGUAUUCAAAGCCAUCUAUUUCCGAGAUCGAAUCCAACGCUCCUCUGGUAGCUUAUCUGUAUGUCUGUGCAGUGCUUCGCCACACCAAUCUCUUGUUUGCCGUAUGGUCGGCAAAGGGCUGGGGUCCUCUAGCCUUCACUACCAUGCUGCAGCCGGGCUCGACCUACUACCUCCCGCCUACCCUAUCGCACCCAGAUAGCACGUCCGAAGUCAACCUGGAGCGCCUCACCUCCAUUACGAACAUUUCCCGGCAUCAGAUCUCUGCUGUACUCUCUCAGGCCCAUGGGCCAUUGCUCUUGCAUCUGGGUGCCCGCGAAAGGCUCGCUGCAUUGGAAGUCGUAGCUGGUAUGUACGCAUGCAUUGGGUACAAGCGGAAAGAAGCCUACGUCCUACGGGAAGUCCUCGGCUGUGUCAUGGACCUCAUUGUAUGCGCGCGCGAGGAGACUCAUGAAUCGAGAUCGUCCCGCCCGAUGUCCGGUCCGUCCGGUCUUGGGUUCAAGACUCUAAACCUUGGCAAUGCAAUGCAGGCGCCAGACCAGGGGACAGUCGCCGUACGGGCGAACGAGAGUAAAGAAGGGAACGAGAGCGUACUGCGUGUGGUCAAGCACGUUUGCAAAGUGCAUGGGAUCAACCUGGACGCGGUGAAACUUGUCAACAUCCACACUGAUGCGGAGGGUAAUGUACGAGACAGCAUACAUAGCUCUACAUCGCAGGAGGAAACCUUGGAAGUCGAGCCUGAAGCGCACGGUUGGCCGGAGCUCCAGAUAGGGAUCGUUCGUGAGGCUAUAGCUGUCGCCGAAGCUUUGCCAGGUUAUCAAGACUAUCCCGCUGUUGCACAAUUCGCACUGUCGGCUCUGAAGACGUUGUACCCUGUAUUGGCCGCUAGCGAUCAACAUCAUCUCUACAUGACCGGCACUCAAGCGUUGGCAACAGCGAGGCGACGUGGCGAUAGACGACGGGUGGAAUACUGGUCCGGACAACCGAUACUCAGUAUCGAACUGGUUCCGCCACCCUUGGCCCGACUACCUCUGGAGAAGCCUUUGUCGGUACUUGACAAACGUUUAUCCGAGUCCGCCGCGAUAUUGCCCGGUGUCACGGACCCCUUCCUCUAUAACCCACGCAAAUCUCUGACCGGCAAAACGCUCUUCACUGUAGCCAGCAAUGAGGCUGUUGAGGUUGCAGUGACAAUACGAAACCCUUUUGUAUUUGAUCUUGAAUUACAGAAGCUGGAACUGAGCACUUCAGGCGUACCUUUUCAAGGGAAAGCUAUACCUGUCACGGUACCCGCGAACUCGUUCCAUCCAGUGACGUUGUCAGGUAAACCUCUGGAAGCGGGAACUUUGAUUAUCAGAGGCUGCGUUGUGCAAGCCCCUGGCGGUGCACCUCGAGAGUUCGUGCUACCGCUCUCUACUGACGAAGAGGAGGAAAGGCAGUCUCGCCGACGUAGUGCCAUCGAGUGUGAAGUCGGGCGAACCAAAUACAGUGGCCUCAUGUCCUUUCCAUGGGUGAGACCCUCCACACGCGCCAGCGGGUCUGCUUCAGGCGCAACUGCGGCCAAGCGUUCCAUCCCGCGUUUUCUGGAAUGCCGAGUCAUUCCUGAACAGCCGCUGCUUCGCAUCCGACGAAUAUCUGUCACGCAUGGAGCUGUCAUGUUGUACAACGGCGAAACAUCUACUAUCCGUCUUACGCUCGAAAACGUUUCUCCGAUCUCCGUAGACUUCGUCAGGCUGACGUUCGAAGAUUCUACAAUGGCUCCCGCGCAGCAAGCUCUAGCUGAUGGAGAACUCUCGGUGUUUGACACGUAUGAGACAGAAUAUGAUUUACUACACAGGCCUGUUUUCUCGUGGUCCAACCAGAAGCAAGAGCAAGCGAUCACCCCUGGCAUGAAGAGCGUCUUCACAAUAACUUGCUUUGGCAAAGUCGGGUGUUCCAGCGGGAUGAUCCAUGUUGCUUAUGCGAGUCUAAACAAGCCUCGAGAUUCCCUCGCCACUCCCCAGCAAGUGUUUUAUACUCGACAAUUGUCAUACCCUCUCCUUGUUACGGUCUAUCACAUGCUUGAAUGCCAUGCCAUGGAUAUCUCCCAUUAUUUGGGCGAGGAAUUAUCUGGGCGUGAGGCUGUUCACGCUUCAGGUGAUGCUAGGAAGAUCCAACCUCUCCUGAGUAUCGAAGACGAAGUAGGCUGGUGCUUAUUCUCCGUCGAUGUCCGUAAUACAUACGGCUUGCCUUUCGAGGUGACAUUCGAUCGUGAACAAGAAGGAGCCCCACCAGAGUCUGUCACGACGCUGGUCCCUCCUGGUUCCACUACUCGUGUGAUCAUCCCCCUGAAGAAGUUCUUGUUAACCGCAGAACAAACAUCGCAACCCAUCCCCACCCUGUCUGACAGGCAAUUCGUGAUUGACAAAGCUAAACUCAGCGACGAAGAACAACGCAUUCAACGAGAGCUAUUCUGGUACCGUGAAGAGGUCUUUAAGUGCGUUCGAGGUCGCUGGCGAGAGGCCGGAGGCACGCGAUCUGGGGAACUCUCUCUUCGGAAGCAGAGAAUGACUCUACCUAUGCUACAGGCCGUACGCAUCGAAACAGCGAGAGUACAAAUGUCUCUCAUGCGGAGCAGUGGAGCACUCGACACCGAUAGCGGCAUCCUCAGUCGCAGAGGUAGGACGUACCUCGCUGAAGCUAAUGAGUUCCUUUAUCUUCGAACCCGAAUCACAAACCUUUCCAGUAAGCCUGAAAGAUAUAGGUCUCUUGCGAUAACCGCUGAAUCCAGAACAGACACCCCCUUAACAUUGACUCUCGAUCUCGCUUCCGACCCGGCUGAGCAUAUCAUUUACGAGGGCAUAUUGACCGCUAUACCGGUGGGUCAUCUCGAGCCUGAGGAAGCGCGAGAGGUCGAUUUGGCCGUCUGCUUUGUGUGUGGAGGAUCCUUCAACAUAACAUCCACAGUGCGCACACUGGGAGCAUUGGGAGACUCUGGGAAAGUGGGAUUCGCGGAUCUGACCGCAAUCGUCAAGUGCGAGACCUGA